AUGAACUGGUUAGAAUCAGAGGAGUUCAGUGUCCCUUUAAACUGUGGUGCUGCAAUUGAUCUCUGUAUGUUUUCUGGUAUUCGUUCCUUUGAAAGGAGAAUGAGAGCCAAGAUUAUUGGCUGUACUGUGAAGCUGUCACAUCUCAGUACUGAAAAGGUACAGUACAAGUGAAUUGAAACAAUCUUUAGCGUUCUAUUACAUAUCUCCAAGAGCUCUGAGAAUGAACCAAGUGAAUGUUUUAUUUAUGGCUAUGUGAGUUACAAAUCCCUCCAUUCUGACAGCAUUUCAGCCUCCGGAGUGAGAAAGCAGCAGAAGCAGCAGCAGCAGAAGCAACAGCAGUAACAACAGCAACAGCAGCAGCCCCCGCUGAAGUCCAGUAGAGGAGACCUGAUCUCUAUCUAGCUCAUUCUGGAACUCCAGCUGGAAUCGUGCGCUAUCCAGGGUCCUGAAACAUGAACCAAACUGCCAGCGUGUCCCAUCACAUCAAGUGUCAGCCCUCAAAAACAAUCAAGGAACUGGGAAGUAACAGUCCUCCACAGAGAAACUGGAAAGGAAUUGCUAUAGCCCUGUUGGUGAUUUUAGUUGUAUGCUCACUCAUCACUAUGUCAGUCAUCCUCUUAACCCCAGAUGAACUCACAAAUUCAUCAGAAACCAGAUUGUCUUUAGAAGACCUCUUCAGGAAAGAUUUUGUGCUUCAUGAUCCAGAAGCUCGAUGGAUCAAUGAUACAGAUGUGGUGUAUAAAAGCGAGAAUGGACAUGUCAUUAAACUGAAUCUAGAAACAAAUGCUACCACAUUGUUAUUGGAAAACACAACUUUUGUAACCUUCAAAGCAUCAAGAUAUUUUGUUUCACCAGAUUUAAAAUAUGUUCUUCUGGCAUAUGAUGUCAAACAGAUUUUUCAUUAUUCAUAUACUGCUUCAUAUGUGAUUUACAACAUACACACUAGGGAAGUUUGGGAGUUAAAUCCUCCAGAAGUAGAGGACUCCAUCUUGCAGUAUGCGGCCUGGGGUGUCCAAGGGCAGCAGCUGAUUUAUAUUUUUGAAAAUAAUAUCUACUAUCAACCUGAUAUAAAGAGCAGUUCGUUGCGACUGACAUCUUCCGGAAAAGAAGGAAUUAUUUUUAAUGGGAUUGCUGACUGGUUGUAUGAAGAGGAACUUCUGCAUUCUCACAUUGCCCACUGGUGGUCACCAGAUGGAGAAAGGCUUGCCUUCCUGAUGAUAAAUGAUUCACUGGUGCCUAACAUGGUUAUUCCCCGGUUUACUGGAGCAUUGUAUCCCAAAGGAAAGCAGUAUCCAUAUCCUAAGGCAGGUCAAGUGAACCCAACAAUCAAAUUAUAUGUUGUAAACCUAUAUGGACCAACUCAUACUUUGGAACUUAUGCCACCCGACAGCUUUAAAUCAAGAGAAUACUAUAUCACAAUGGUUAAAUGGGUAAGCAAUACCAAGACAGUGGUCAGAUGGUUAAACCGACCUCAAAACGUCUCCAUCCUCACAGUCUGUGAGACCACAACUGGUGCUUGUAGUAGAAAAUACGAGAUGACAUCAGAUACAUGGAUCUCUAAACAGAAUGAGGAACCAGUAUUUUCUAAAGAUGGCAGCAAAUUUUUUAUGACAGUUCCUGUUAAACAAGGAGGCCGUGGAGAAUUUCACCACAUAGCUAUGUUCCUCAUCCAGAGUAAAAGUGAACAAAUUACUGUGCGGCAUCUAACAUCAGGAAACUGGGAAGUGGUAAAGAUCUUGGCAUAUGAUGAAACUACUCAAAAACUUUAUUUUCUGAGCACUGAAUUUUCUCCCAGAGGGAGGCAGCUGUACAGUGCUUCUACUGAAGGCUUAUUGAAUCGUCAAUGCAUUUCAUGUAAUUUUAUGAAAGAACGGUGUACAUACUUUGGUGCCAGUUUUAGUCCCAUGAAUCAACAUUUCUUAUUAUUCUGUAAAGGUCCAGGGGUCCCAAUGGUCAGCCUACAUGAUACGGACAACCCAGCAAAAUAUUUUAUAUUGGAAAACAAUUCUAUAUUGAAGGAGGCUAUCCUGAAGAAGAAGAUAGUAAAGUCAGAAAUUAACAUGCUUCAUAUUGACGACUAUGAACUUCCUCUACAGUUGUUCUUUCCCAAAGAGUUUACAGACCGAAACAAGUAUGCUCUACUAUUAAUAAUGGAUGAAGAACCAGGAAGCCAGCUGGUUACAGAUAAGUUCCAUAUUGACUGGGAUUCAGUACUUGUUGAUACAGAUAAUGUCAUCAUAGCACGAUUUGAUGGUAGAGGAAGUGGAUUCCAGGGCCUGAAAAUUUUGCAAGAGAUUCAUCGAAGGUUAGGUUCAGUGGAAGUAAAGGACCAAAUAGCAGCUGUGAAAUUUUUACUGAAACAGCCAUACAUUGACUCCAAAAGAUUAAGCAUCUUUGGAAAGGGGUACGGUGGCUAUAUUGCAUCGAUGAUCUUAAAAUCAGAUGAAAAGCUUUUUAAAUGUGGAUCAGUGAUUGCACCUAUCACAGACUUGAAGUUAUAUGCCUCAGCUUUCUCUGAAAGAUAUCUUGGUAUGCCAUCUAAAGAAGAAAGCACAUACCAGGCAUCCAGUGUGCUACAUAAUAUCCAUGGCUUAAAAGAGGAAAAUAUAUUAGUAAUUCAUGGGACUGCUGACACAAAAGUUCAUUUCCAGCAUUCAGCAGAAUUAAUCAAACACCUAAUAAAAGCCGGAGUAAAUUAUACUAUGCAGGUCUACCCAGAUGAAGAUCAUAAAGUAUCUGAGAAAAGUAAAUAUCAUCUCUACAGCACAAUCCUCAGAUUUUUCAGUGAUUGUUUGAAGGAAGAUAUAUCCGUGUUACCACAGGAACCAGAAGAAGAUGAAUAAUGGACUCUAUUUAUAUGGAACUUAAGGGAAUAUUGAGGCUCAAUGAAAUCUAAACAAGAGACUGUAAUAUUGUAGAUGCUCCAGAAUUUCAAGGGCAGCUUAAAGAGAUGACACUGGAACAGCACACUCAGAGACAAUGAACUAGAAUUUGAUUAUAGAAGUCCAAGUCUACUGUUUUGCCAAGGGUGUAGAACCUGUUUCUUUGUGUAAGGAAGAUCAAAGGGUUUGUUUCCUGGGACAAAUUAGUUUUGCAUUAAAGUAGGAAUAGUGCAUGUUUUCUUCUGUUAUCCCCUAUUCAUUCUGUAACCAGUUGCUCUCAUUUUAAUUUCUAUGGCCACCAUCAUCUUUGCAUAUGAUGCAUAGCUUAUCAGUACUACAGACCAUGAUCUUUGAUGGCUGAGCUGCAAUCUAACACUUUACUGUACUUUUACAAUAAGUGCAAUUCCUUAUCUAUUAUUAUGCUUAAGAAAAUAUUCAGUUAAUAAAAAUCAUAGUAUUUUAUGUAAUUUCUGUUCAUAAAAAAAUUAUUAAAUGGGUUAAAGGUCAUAUAGAAAUAUGGAUUUCAGCAUCUUCCAAAGUUCAGCCAGUUAUCAGUAGAUAUAUCUUUAAAUCAACACACAAGUGUGUGUCUCACAAUAUAUAUACACAUGUGUGCAUAUACAGUCAAUAAAUCUAUCUUUACAUGUUAUUCAUGCUACACAGGAUAAACUUUUGAUGAAUUAGAACAGACGCUCUUUUACAGGCUAUAAUGGAUUCCUUGUUUAAUGAGCCAAAUAUGAUGCAACAUUUUUUCCAAUUCAAAUUCUAGCUAUUGCUUUCCUAUAAAUGUUUGGGUUGUGUUUGGUAUCGUUUUUAGUGGUUAAUAGUUUUCUAGUUGCAAUUUAAUUUUUUGAAUAUGAUACCUUGUCACAUGUAAAUUAGAUACUUAAAUAUUAAAUUAUAGUUUCUGAUAAAGAACUUUUGUUAAUAAUGCAAUGCUACUGAGUACUAUUUUGCUCUUUUGGUGAAGAAGGUUUUUUUUUUUUUUUUAAAAAAAACACUUGGUCCUUUUACCUCUCUCUCUCUCAAUGCAGAAUCAAUUCUCAUUUUCAUUGUAAAAGCAAAGAGCUGGAUUAUUUCAUUUGCCAGUUUCUAUUUAGUAUUCAAUGCCUGCCCAAUCCAUCUGUUACUGUUUAAAUUCUAAUGGUGAGAAUCAGAAAUGAAAUAUUUUUAAUCAUUGGCCAAAAUUUCACAAAUAGCAGUGUUUGCUAUUUAAUUUGAGAUGAAGGCACAAAAUUCCUGGGCUGUAUUGCCUUGCCAUAGUAAGUAAAUGAGAGUAUAAAAGAAACUUGACUGUAUGAAGUCAAUUUAGGACACAAGAACAUUAACUUUGGUGAGUCAAGGAGUAUCUUUGCACUUCACUUAGGGAUCUUCCAGAAGAUGUCUAAAAGUCUGCAAAGUUCAGAGAAAUCUAGGGAAUAUACUGUAUUUUUAUUAUUUUAAAAAUUUCUUGGUAUAGGCUGGAUAAUCAUGACAUCUGAACACCAGGAAGAAAAAAUGUCAUGGAAUUGCUCAGUAAAUCUCCAGUUUUGUCAAAGAAUCAACCCCCAAAUCUGGGUAUUUGUGAAUGUAUGAAUGGUUUUUUGGAUAUUCUGCUUUUCUUUUGGAUGCUUUGGAAUUGUGUUUUCACUGCUCCAUUAGAUUCAAUUUAAAAUAGAAAAGGCUCUUUAUUCUGAAAUAUCUAUUUCAGAUCUUUUUCAAGAAUAGUAAACACAUUUUUAAAAGAAUAAGUUGUAAUGUUUAAAAGGAAAGUUUUGCCUAUUUUAUUAAGAUGGAAAUUUCUUUUUAGGCUGAUUUGAAGUCCAACUGAAACUUUUUAAAAUUUCAACCACUAGAGAUUUUGAUGAUACAAAUAAUUAUGUUGUCCAAACGAUGUGGUUUUAUUGAAUGUGUAUUUGAGUAACAUUUAAAAAGUAUUUACCUUUUGCCGUUCAUCAUUUCUCUUGUUUUAUUAUUAUUAUCAAUGUUUACCUAUUUUUCAAUUAAUUUAAUACAAAUUCUAAUGUGAGACAUUUGUCUGGAACCCACUUUCACCUUAAAGGCUAAAUAGAUCUCAAAUGAAGACAUACUUUUUAAUAGGAAGGUGGAAAAUUUUCAUUUCCCUGAUUUUUUAUUUUAUUAAUUGAGCCGUUAUAGAUAAGGGAAUGUUCACCAACACAUGGACACCAAUUAUUAAAGGAAUCACGUAAGCUGUUUUAUACAUUUCCUUUGACCACAUUCCACUAUUUUAUAUGUAUGUAUGCAUUCUUAGAGUUUUGUAGCACUCUAGUAGCAAGCUUUUCAAGUGUUAUUUCCCCCUUAAAGGUAAAAAUAAAUAAAUAAAUAAAAAUAAACUAUAAAAUAGAAUAGGUAAGCAGUAUUAAAUCAUCCAGACAAUAUAUAAACUUUGUAAACUAUUUUGAAAGGGAAAAGUAUUCUUUCACUAACUUCCUCCAUUGAAAUCUCUGACUCAACACUUAGAGACCAAGGAGUCAAUGCAAAUUUAUUUGAGUUUCCUGACAUAAUCAAGGCAAGAGGGUGCUCUUCAAAACAUGAAUUUCAGCUCACUCUGAGAAUGUGUCUUUUCUGAUUGGAUGUUUAGCAUAGAAAUCACCACUGAGGGUCCUGCAGAUGCCAGUUGUAGAUUUUCUAGAAUGAGGUGACUUACAUAUUGGUCUAUCAGCAGAAUUAUUCAAACCAUUGUCUUCAAAAGGUGGGCUUUGAAACAGAGGCACCUGGGACUGAAUUGCUCUCAAAUCUCAAGGGUCAUAGCGGGCACAUGAUUUCUGUAAAGAAUCAUAUAUGAAAUAUUUCUUUUGUCCUUCCUCACAUUCUCUGACGACCUUCACAUCCUGCAGCAGUGAGCAUUGUAUAAAUAAAACCUGAGUCCUCAGCUGUGCUCUAUCUUUCACUUUCUGUUCUGGGGUUUCUCUGAUACUAACAUAAUGCUGGCUGUUUACUACUUACAUACUGCAAACCUAUAUAAGAAUGGUAAUAACCCCAUAAAAACCCAACAAAUGGAAAACAGGGGCAGAUGUCUUUAUUUUCCUUUUUUCUUCUCUCAGAUAUUCUACAUGGUCCUUGGUCCCCAUGAAAUUCAGAUGCCCACACCAAUGUACCUUUCUAUUUCCUUCUUUCCCAUUUCGCUGUACUCAGUCCCCCGCUCCUAUUCCCUAGAAUCACUUUCCAAAACAAACUAUAGCUGUUGACCCAGGCACUACUUUCUGGGGAAUCCUUUCCUCCAGCAAGAGCUUACCACUGUGAAUAUUAUAGGAUAAAGAAAUAAAAUGAAAAUAAAGAAGUGCUUUCUUUUCAA